AUGCAGCUGCUGACCGUGGAGCUGAAGGAGUUUUCUGAUGGAGAGAUGACCGUAGCGCUCACUUCACUGACCACAGAUAAGGAGGACUGGCGUGGUUACCUGGACGGGCUGAAAUCAUUCAGUCAUAGCCAUGGAUACGACAGCCUUGUUGUUCUCUUGUCCAUCUGUGAUACAGUUCAUCAUCCCCGCCAGCAGGUGGCUGUCUACUCAAACAACACAGAUCUCUUAAACCAGAUCUGCUCUGAGUUGGAAGAGUCCUCCAGCUGGUCUCUGUCUGGUGAACUGGAUGCUAGUGAGGGUCUCCAGGUCUACCACAUUCCUAUAAACACCUCUGCAUCCUCCGGUACUCCUCCUCUGCUGGAGGAAGAGAUCCGAGGCAUCCUUAAGGACUUUGUGGACCGGCGGAGCUCUGUACUGGCCUGCCACCCGAGCAGUAGGACGUCUUCCACAGAGGGAGUAGCAGGCAGCGUGGAGUUCUCCCAGGGAUCAUCGGGUAUCAAUGACAUGGAUGGUUCUGACAUAGAGAGAGCCGACGGAGGCAAUGGAGACGUGGUGGCAAUAGCAAGGGUGAUGGCAGAUGUUGAAGAGGACACAGGCGGUGUAGGAGUCAAUGCUGGUGGGGAACUCGUAAGCCCUGACAGUGGGAUGACCACCAUUCGUAGCAGCCGGUCCUCCAAGGAGAGUUCAGUCUUUCUCAGUGAUGACAGUCCAGUUGGUGAGGUUAUAGCAGGUGGAGGUCCAGCAGUGGGACCAGGAGGAAUCUUCCUCAGAAACCCCUCUCCUCUGGGGUUGUUAUCUCUCUCCCCUCCUGUCCCACCUGAGAGGAGGAAGAACCGCUCCAGCAGGAAUAGGAGUGACAACUUUGACCUGUUUAGUUUUGACCCAUUACAUAGCAGUGACCACUCUAUGCCAGCAGGAGGGGAACUGCCAAGUUCUGGAGAAAGAGGAGAUGAAGGCGAAAGAAGAGCAGGGAGCUCGAGCCUGUCAGAGCUUGAAGAGUUAAGCUUGCUAGAUUUCUCUGCUCCAAACUCAUUUGGAGGGCUCGAAAGUGGAAAUUCCUCAAUUGACCACCAUGGUCAAAUCCAUGGGAAUGAGAUGCUUGACACUGUGGUUCCACCGACCCCAGUCAACAGCCUGGUAGGUAGCCGCCCGCCCAGCAGUUGUGGGGUCAGGUUCUUUCCAGAAGAUGUAGUUGAAAGAAUCAAUGGCCUUCAGCACAAAGACAGUGUUUCAUCGUCCUUGUCGGAGACAUGGGAUGAACUUGGCUUUGACACACAAGGAACAUUAUCCUCCAAUGAUAAUAUUGCCUGGAAUAGGCUCAAAGACUCUGAGAGUCCCCAGAAUAUUGUGGAAGAGGUUAGAGGCAAAGAGUCACUCAGGGAUACAACAGAAACAGAAACAGAAAGCAGAGAGGAGAUCUUAAAGUCAGAAAAUGUCCACCAGAAGGGAAAGAGCCUUGAACCACAGCUUAGUCUGAUAACUGAGCAGACUGAAUCGUAUGACAACUGGAACACAGAGUCUGUACUUACAGAUCAAUGGAACACUGUUUCUUUGGCUGAUCUACAACUGACACCACCAGAGGAGGAAGUAACUGGGAAAUGGAAAGCUGGUAUCAUGAGAGCAAAAGAGAGAAUCUCAUCUUUGUCAAGUAAGAAAACAGUCGUAAACACUUUAACACCAGACACAUCGAAAGAAGAGGACGAAGGGGUUCAAGGAAAAAAAAGAGACCUACAGAUGGAGGUCUUGGACUUCUGGACAUACACAGCUCAGAAGGGACUUCUCAAAUCUGAAAGCAGAACCACCACGUCUUACCCUGAAUCACUAGAUAUGUGGAAUAUGACAAUCCGGGAUGACAGUCUAUCACCUCUCACAACUCCCGACAACUUGUCUGAAAACUCAGGUUCCUUCUGUGGGUUGAAUCCCAAUAUAAAGAGUGGUACAUCUGUUGAAAGUCCAAUGGGAUAUGGUGGAAUGGAGAUGUGGAACACCACCAUACAAGAAGACAGCUCUUCCACAGUAACAAGCCCGGAAGGACCUGAAAAUGGAAAGGACCUUAGUCACAUGGGAUCGUUGGAUGCCAAUGAUUCUCUUGAGACACAUGCAAGAAAACAAACAGAAGAAGACAAGGUUAUAGAGGAGGAACAUGGCGAAGUUGAUGAAGUUGGGUGGAGAGGUAAUGAACACAAUGUGAAAAUAGUCAUAGAGGCUGCAGAAGGUGGAACAGAGACUGAAGAAACAGGGGACGAGGACAUACAGUCUGUCUCACAGAAAUCAGCAUCUGAUAAAGAGGAUCCCUCCUACCAUGGCACUGACAUGUGGGACUUACCUGUCCAAGGCAUGGUCACCUCCACCUCUGAAUAUGACAACGUAGGAGCUGGUACAUGGAGCGUGACAUCUUCCCCUGACACCUUUGCUAGCCCUGUAGUAGAUAUGAUACAGUUAGAGGGGGAGUCCAGCCCUUUUAUGGCUGUGACCAAACCUAUUCAGAUAGAUGAGAGGCAAAAUCAAUACCAGGAGGCUGAUCCUCUGAGAAAGACCGAAGACAAAGCAGUGACAGAUAGAGAGCAGCCAGCCAACCAAGUGUUCCUGUUUGAGGGAACUAGUGAGUUGGGUCACAUGACCAGGACAGGAUCAGAGGAGGCUGACUGGAUAGAGCAACAAAGGGAUCAUUCCCCAUUUGUUCUGGUGGACUCCUCCUACGUCACUCAACAAAUUACUGAAAGUCCAGAGGAAGCUGCUGAUCUGCCAAUAAGAUUGGCCCAAGACCAAGAUGAGCCUGCUGUGGCUCUUUGCGCUAACAAAGAGAGCAAUGGAAAUGUGGAGGGCAAAAUAACACAAGCUGCAUCUCUGAGCUCCAGCCCUGGGAUUGAGGGAGACACCCAGAACAGCCCUGACAGCCUUCACACAGGAAGUCAAGAUAAACAUGGGUCCAGUUCUGACGGAGAUUCAUUCUCAGGCUUAGAAAUGGAAUACAUCAUUGUGUCUGGCACAGUGAAAGAAACCCAGAGAGAGUGGCAUGAUAGGCCUAAACAGGGUGACAGGCAAUCAAAAGGAGCAAGAAAGUCUAUGGAGACUUUUAGCAUGCUGUCCUAUGCAGCCUCAGUACUGCAAAGUCAGGCCCAAGCUGCACAUCGAGAUCACCAGGAGAACACGCCGGAAAGUGGUAGUGCAGAUAAAGAGCAAAAUCAAGUUGUCUUACCCACUCACCACCAAUCAAGUCUUGAUAAUUUCACUGAGCAUCACGUGGCACCAGAGAUAGUCAGAUUCAGCCAGUCAAGAAGUAGCUCUGAAGGUUUUCAUCACUCAGAUUCAAGACCAACAGGUUGCAGUCAAUCACAGGCAGAAGAAAGAAACAAUGACAAUGAAUCCAGCUUCUCAACCCGAAGUGUGUCUCCAUCAUUAAGAUAUCCGUCAGACCACUUCCUGAAAACCAGAGAAGAAGUUUACGUCCAUUCACAGAUCUCAAUGGAAGAUUCGGACGAGGGCGGUCACUCACCAUCUGCGCCUCCACCGUGUCCUGCUUCCAUGGGUGACUUUCAAGUGUGGGGCGGUCAGCUAGUGAGACAGGACACAUCUCAAACCACAUCUGAACCACAAUCCCCUGUACUCACCAACAGUUCGGUCUCCCACACCAGCUCUCUGAUCGGCACCCCAGUAAGCGAACCGUGUGUUUCUACUGACAAAGGACUUGGAUUACCAUUUUCUGGAGAUUUAAUGGAAGAGGAGGAACAGGAGGAGGAAGCUGAUGUGGAGUCCACAAGUCUCCCAAAAUGGACUUCAGAUGUACAACAUGAUACGGAAGAGAGAGAACAGUUGGGAUCUUCUGAUCUGCUGAGUUUUGCAGAGGACCCGAUUGGAGGUUCUUCAUUUCAGCAAACAGAUUUACAAACGCUGGAACCAAAGAGGGAGGGAUUUUUUCAGAACAGAGUGGAUUACUACGACGGACAACCUAUAAGGACUGAAGAUCAUGAUAAAUGGUCUAUUGAACAACAGACUGGAGACCAUGGAGAUCCUCACGAUAUUUAUUCACCUGGUUUAAGACUCCAAGAUGUGACAUCGCAACCGACCGCUGAAAAUGCUGCGUACCAGUGGAGAGGAAGUCAAAACACAACUCAGGGUCAAACCCAAUACGGCUACAACUACCACCACAUUGACCAAAGAACUGAAAACCAGUGUACCUACCCAGCCUGCGCGGAUACCAAAUCCAGCAGUCACCACAAUACCACAGAUGUCUAUGCUGAGUUUACAACUGAUGCCGCAGCUAUACAGUACAGAUCUGAGCAGACUGAGAACUACUUUGAAGCUGUAGUUACCCCCCAGUACAGCCUGGGUGAUGACGCAGGUUUCCAGUGUCACUAUGUAGCUGAAAGCCAGUAUAUAUCUGAAUCCACGCCUGAACUCCACUACUCUCAGGAUCACGCUACAGGCCAGAGUCAGUAUGAGUCGGACCAUGCUCAUUAUCAGGUUGACGGACAGCCAUUCUACCAAUCGGAUGUCCACACUGAGAGAGAAGACCAUGCACGGUAUGUGCCGGAGGGAUAUGUUCACUUUCUUCUGUCAAGACACUCCCAACAGGGAGCUGGUGCAGCGGAGAUGAUGAUGAAGACGGCCUCCAGUGAGGAAGCUGCUGACGAGGCAGACGACAGACAAGACCCACCUUCCUCAGCGGAUAUAUCAGGCGGGUCUAAUCAAAGGAGAAAGUUGGCAGCUCCACCAAUGAACGUGUCACUGGACCACAGUGAGGGGUCUCUACUCUCAGAAGAUGCCCUGGACACAGAGGAUGAGGGCUUGGAUACUGGGGAUGACCUGGAUGUCAACAUCGAUGACAUGGACACACCUGAUGAGGCUGACUCGCUGGAGUUCAACAGACACGAGGACUCAGAGGAGUCGAAUCUGGGUGCAGGAGCAGCAUCAGGUGAUCCUGUGGCGGGCCACGGAGCAGCUGAGGAGAGCAGGGACAGUCGGCUGUGGAGGAGCGUGGUGAUUGGAGAGCAGGAGCAUCGCAUUGAUAUGAAGUGCAUCGAGCCGUUCAAACGAGUCAUUUCUCAUGGAGGUUAUUAUGCUGAACAGAAUGCCAUCAUCGUGUUUGCAGCAUGCUUCCUACCAGACAGCGACUGUGACAAUUACAACUAUGUGAUGGAAAACCUUUUUCUGUAUGUAAUAAGUACAUUGGAACUGAUGGUGGCAGAAGAUUACAUGAUUGUCUACCUGAAUGGCGCCACUCCUCGCAGGAGGAUGCCUGGUUUUACCUGGAUGAAAAGAUGCUACCAAAUGAUAGACAGAAGACUAAAGAAAAACCUGAAGAUGUUCAUCAUUGUUCAUCCUUCCUGGUUCAUACGGACAUUGCUGGGAAUCACGAGACCCUUCAUAAGCUCCAAGUUCAGCAGUAAGAUCAAAUAUGUGAACAGUCUGCGGGAGCUUGGAGAGAUCAUCCCAAUGGAGUACGUCCACAUUCCACCCAGCAUCAUCAAGUAUGACGAGGAGAGGGCUAUACACAAAUUUGCAUGCAUGAGACUGGAUACAGAAUUGCAGGACACAGCAGCUAAGUAAGUGGUAAGCCAUCGUUCUUUGUCAGUGAGUGAAUUUAACAAACCGCUGACGCCUCUAGCGGGAAAAGUUUGUCCAUAAAAAACAAGGUAUUGUCCUGAUCGAAGAGUUUACCAACAGAGGUAAAGAAAGAAAGAUGUACAUGUAACUGCUACUAGAACUAGUAGAACUUUGGUAAUGUGGCACAUUUCACUUUCCUAACAUAAGCAUAGCAUAAUCU